AUGGGCAUAUUGACAUUCGAGGUAGUGAGCUUCACUUUUAUAAAAGAAGAAAUGAGAAGAAGUGCCGAAUUCCAAACUGGCACAAGUCGGACCGCCGUUUUCAUUGCUUUUGACAUGCUUAUGCAACAGGCUUCGCUGGAACAGAGUAUCUCAGUUGCCCGUGUCUGCUUUGGUAUACAGCGUGCUCGGCCUAAUAUGCUGCAGAGCCAGCGACGAUACGCUCUCCUCUACGAUCUUCUUUGCCAGGCCUUGCUUACAGGCUUCUGUAUUGUGGAUUUGGAUGUCGCUGACACCUACAACUUUGUAAGUAGCCUUUGA